CGGCGCUGUGUGACGCUUUGUGUAGUCCCGGAAGUAGAACAUGCCGGACUCGUACUCAGCAUGUCAGUUCCAUUAGCUGCCCGGGCAUGUAUAAGGCUCAGCGGCAGGAUACAGACACCAGCCUUCCACCUUGGCGCAACGACUGCCCCGGUUCUCAGAAGGAUAGCGAGCGCUUUGUGCAGCAGCUGCAACAUUAUGCACGGAGGAAUGUUCUCCUCAGGGAGCGCAGGUAAUGGUUUAAAACACAGAGAGAAAAGCACAUUAAUUUGUGUGGAAGGGAACAUUGCAAGUGGAAAGACAAGCUGCUUGGAUUUCUUUUCUAAUACUGCAGAUCUUGAGGUUUAUAAGGAACCUGUAGCUAAAUGGAGAAAUGUCCGUGGCCAUAACCCACUUGGUUUAAUGUAUCAAGAUCCUAACAAGUGGGGCUUAACUUUACAGACCUAUGUGCAGCUCACCAUGUUGGAUAUUCACACCAAACCAUCAAUCUCGCCUGUUAAAAUGAUGGAAAGAUCGAUUUACAGUGCAAAAUAUAUCUUCGUAGAGAACUUGUAUCAAAGCGGAAAGAUGCCAGAAGUGGAUUAUGCCAUUUUAACAGAGUGGUUUGAGUGGAUUGUAAAGAACACAGACACCUCGGUUGAUUUGAUCGUUUAUCUGCAGACAUCUCCUGAAACCUGUUACCAGAGACUAAAGAAGAGAUGUAGAGAAGAGGAGAGAGUUAUACCACUGGAAUAUCUGUAUGCAAUCCACAAUCUCUAUGAAGACUGGCUAGUCAAACAAACGUCAUUUCCAGUGCCGGCGCCUGUCCUUGUAAUAGAUGCUAAUAAAGAAUUAGAGGAAAUGAAUCGACAUUAUGAAGAGAAUCGUGGCAGCAUUCUGUCACUAUAAUCCAAUGCAUUGUGACUCUUUCCUAUAAACAGUAUUGGCUACUCUGUGCUAGCUAAAGUUAUCAUGGACAAUGCCCAGGGGCCAAGUUGAUGCACGUAUUGGGCACCCAUUUGUUGCAGACCAGCUCAUUUCAUAUGUGAAGUAGAAAACUUACAAAUGAUUCUUCAACAUUUCUGCCAGCUAUUAUGUAUAUGUUUUACUGUUUUUUUUAAUACAUAUUUUUUGUAUUUUUGUGCAGUUUACUUUUUAAGGUGCCAUAAAGUUUAACUCUGUAGCACCUGGUCAGCUCAGGAACAUAUCAAAGAGGGCAUUGACAGUUUUAGCGGAUUUAAUUCCAGUCACUUGGCUACAUCUUGCUAAAGCAAAAAGCUACCACAUGCAACGCAGAGGUUAAUUUAUCUGUGCAAGACAAUGCUACUUGAUGUAUUUACUUUCUAAAAAGACUCCUUAAUAAUGAGUGAACCUUUAAAACAUUCCAGGAGGCUGCUAUUUUGACCAUAACUAUUUAUUUAAACAUUCUCAUGUGUGUGGGCCCAGACCUGGCAUUCUAUAGAUUCUGGACAAUGCCAGAAGGGCUGCUGUAAGAAGCCAUUAACAGUCACUGUUGAUUCAUCUAGUGAGGGGCUGUUUGGGCCUCUGUGUACUUGAAAUGCCAGGGCUUAUUUUGAAUCCCAAUACAGGCCUGCAUGUGUGUAGACCUAUUUUAUUACUACUGCUAUUUUAAAAGAUGUCUUUAAUGUUGGAAGUAGUCAACUAAUGCUACAAUAAAUUUGUCUGUUUGCCGUGCUAGAUGAUGCAGUGUAACAUAUAUUUUGCAGUUUAUUUUGACAAAUUACCUUUUAAAUACAAGUUUUUUUUAAAAAUUGUUUUGAUUAGCUUUUAAAUUUUUUGCAUUACGCAUUGUUCUGGAUUACCUGUUUUGCACGUAAAAACUCAGUGUUCAAAUUUGCGUGUAUUAGGCAUAAAAUUGUUCAUAAGACACCUUUCAAUGAUAUUUAUGCUGUUUUCUCUUUGAAACUAAGGAGACUUUUAAGAUAAGAAGUUGUGAAUGGCAGCAUCCAUUGUAUUAGCCAUAAAAAUACGCAUUUUUAGCACUUCUGGAUGCUCAGAUAUGAAAUAUCAAAUAUGGACAUUCCUUUGAUAACUUAAUAUGUAACAUGAAUAGCCCAGGAGGUAAAAGUGGCAGUUAUGUACCCAUUAUGGCAUGAGCAUAAGAACCUUGCUCCUAAAAGGGACACCCUCUUCAAAUGUCCUUUAAAGCAUACAGGAGAAUAUUUAUAAAGGUGUGUAAAAUGUUUUGUACCAAGAAACAGUGGCGUUUAAUAAACGUUAUAUUUAGAAA